AUGUCGAACUACACUUACGAGCCAGUUUCGCCUCGCUCGCAAGGCUUCAGCUCGUCGACCUUCUCGAGUCCUCGUUCUGUGUACGAUGGCUCCAUCAGAACUGCUUCGUCUCGGGGCUCUUGCUCUGAUGAGGAAGAGGCUGUUCUUCGUGUCUUGGCUCCUCAAGCAAAGCGCUCCGUCUUUGGGCAGCUUGCCAUUCCUGAGGGCACUACUCCUCUUGGUUUUACCGAUGUAGCCUAUCUGAACGAUGACCUCAAGCUCGAUCCUUACAGCCGACAGGGUCGCGACGACGGCUCUCUCAACGAGCUCAUCAACCUCUAUAACAGCAGCAGUAUCGCCGUUCCCCACCGUGCCAACGAACACCAAUCCCCCCAGUUCAAGGUCGAUUCUAUCGGUGAAGAGGACGAGCUCGAGUUCAUCGACGAAGAGCCAAGGUAUAGCCGCGAGGAAAAAGGCAAAUCAGCAGAGCUGAGCGAUUCCGAUCAGAGCCUCUCCUUCUCGCCGCCUCAUUCAUGGAAGGCGAGCAGUCUCUUCACCGAAGCACCCGCUCUGCCAACUUCGGGUCUCACCCGCGAGGACAUCGUGUUCCGCGUUGCCAACAUCAACCAGGAGCCUCCGUCGCGCUUCGCCGCCCAGUCCGAGCUUGCCAAGGCCUUCCCUUCCCUGUGUGAACCUCCCGCACGCAUGUUUGGCGAGGAUGGCGCACCUCUCCCUCCCACCAAGAAGGAAGAGAUCAGCGCAGCUGAGCGUGCUGCUCGUCAAGAGGCGCUCAAGGUCGAGCUCAAAGGUAGCAAGGUUCACUCGCUCGUCAAAUCCACUGUCGUACUCGAGAGCCGAAGUGCGCUGUGGAAGAAGGUGGCCAACAUCGACAAGGACGCCUCCGACUCGACCACUCUGGCUCUCCUCCCCGAACUACCGAGUCCGUGGGAUAUGGAGAUCACCCACGAAGGUCUCGAUAUCAGCACGAUCAAGUCCAAGACCCGCAAGAUCUUCCAGCUUCCUAGCUCAAAGACAACGGGUGCAUGCCGCAAGUGCUCGGGUUCGGGUAGCGAGAUUUGCCGCACUUGCCGUGGCGAAGCCGGAAGCGAAUGCUUCUGGUGCUCUGGUUCCGGCAUGCAGAAAGGCCGUCGUCGCUGUGGUCGCUGCCAGGGCCAAGGAAAGCUGAGUUGCAUGGCCUGCGAGGACAAGAAGGCCGCAGCUUGCCGCGCCUGCGACGGCGCCGGCUGUGGACUCUACUGCGCGUUUGUGGAAGUCAAGAUGCGUCGCAUCGAGGUGCCAGCCGUCUCUGUCGCCGACUUGCUCGGCUCUUCCCGCGCCUCGGCCGCCAAUGCCCAUCCAGAGAUUAUCAAGGCGGCCUCUGUCGACAUGCUGUGGGAGCUCGUCAAGAUGCUCGCCACCAAGGCCAGUGUCAAGUCCAAGCGCCCCUACCUGCCUGUAUCGGCGGUUUGCACAUGGGAGAAGAGCGUCUCAUACCUGGCAGAGGUCACUGCCAUUCAGAACGCCAAGUUCAAAGCAGGUUCCAAGCAGCCUUUCCGCGCCGAGGGUCUGCACCGUACUGUCCCCACCAAGACGCGCUACUUUUCCCUGCCAACGGACCCUUCGCUUCCUCUCGCCGAGCUCACGCUUGAUCAAUUUGUCAAGCAAAACGUACCUGAGAAGGCUGUCAUCGAGGUCGGACCUUCCAGCGGUGUCCACAAUGUCUCGCGUCGUCUUUCGACCAUGCUUCUUGGCGAUGUCUCUGCUCCCUCUACCCCUCAACUCUCCUCCGGUGGAUCUUCACCCAAGCAGUCCGACUACUUUGGCGAUGCCGCCGGUGCAGCAGGCGCCGUGGUCUCGGUUCCCGUCACACCUGUCGGUGGAUCUCUCUCUUCUUCUCCCAUCAUGAGGCCGAGCAGUGCUCGUCCCAUGAGCCCGAUGCGUGCUCCUCCUGCGCAAUUCAAUUCGGACGAGUUGAGGAUCAAGAUGCUCCGCCAUGCUUCCAGUCUCCCACGUGCCAACUUCUCCCGUCCUCUCAGUGCGCCCGGAAUCCCCUUGUGA